CUGCCUAUCGUGCACUCUCAUUGUCAGUCGGCUGCUGCAGGUCAAGUGUUAUGCUAGCCUCAACCCAUUUCACGAACCGUGGAAAACAUUUUAGUUUGAAAAAGCAUUUGCUUUUGUUUUCUAGACAGUUCAUUUCUAGUGGUGGUUGCAGCAAAUUCUCUGUGGUUGUUUGUUUGCACAAAUUGUCACCCAUCUUAUUUGUGCUUCCCUUUCAUCCUCUAUUGUGAGUUCAGGAGGAGAGAAGCUCUGCAGACUUCUCCAAAAUGUUGUACACUCUGGCCGGAGGAGGCACACUUUGCGGCGUGGCUGCGCUUGUGCUCCUGAUCGUAUCCACAGCGACCGAUUUCUGGAUGCAGUAUCGUUACUCGGGUAGCUCAGCCAACCAGGGCCUCUGGAGGUUUUGCAUCAAUCAUAAAUGUCAUGCUCACACCAUCACCGUAGCCUUCUGGGAUGCGACACGGGCCUUCAUGUUGCUGGCUGUCCUCAGCUGUUUCGCUGGCGUGGUGCUCGGCCUGAGUGCUUUCACCAAUGGUACCAAGAACAAGAGGGUUCGCAUGGGGGGCAUUGCCCUGGUCUUCUCAGGUUUUCUUGCUCUCUUGGCUCUCUCUAUCUACACGGGAGUGACAGUCACUUUCUUUGGGAAACGCUUCUUGGACUGGCGGUUUUCAUGGUCCUACAUCAUCGGCUGGGUGGCCAUCAUCUUGGCUUUUGCAGCAGGUGUAUUUCAACUCUGUGCUUACCAGCGAACAACUGCAGAACCUUCACCAUCAAAUGUUCCUGACAGUUGAACCACAG